AUGUCACUUUUGUUUCGAGCAUUUGCAUCUUACUAUAAGAUGAAGACUCACUCUGGCAUCAAAAAAAGAAUAAAAAUUAUAGGAAGCUUAUGGGAGAGGCACUUCAUGUUUUAUCCGACUAGCAAGCAUCACAAACUCAUCAACAAAAGCAAGAAUAACUUGAAGAGGAAGACAAAUCCAAAAGAACUUACAUGUCCUGGAGAUGUAAAAAGACUGAAAAGGUUGAUGCCGUAUUGGAACUUUAAAAAGUACAAGAACUAA